AUGGAGAACAGCACAGCCUACCUCCACUUCAACCUCACUAUGUUCAUGAAGCUGGGACACUACCGCUACGCAGCCUUCGUUUUCUGCCUCGUGCUCUACAGCUUCAUUGUGUUUGCGAAUGUCGUCAUCAUUCUGGUGAUUCUCCGGGAGAACACCUUACACCAGCCCAUGUAUAUCUUCAUCACGUUUCUAUCGCUGAACUCUCUGUAUGGAUCUGCUGGUUUCUUCCCCAGAUUCCUCAUGGAUCUCCUCUCAGACACUCAUUUGAUCUCACGCCCGGCUUGUUUCACUCAGAUCUACAUCAUUUACACCUACGCCCCCUAUGAACUCACCAUCCUGAGCAUCAUGGCGUAUGACAGAUACGUCGCCGUGUGCCACCCUCUGCAUUAUCACAGGAAGAUGGACCGUAAAACUGUUUCUGUUCUGACAUUCGUUGCGUUGGUCUCUCCAGCCUGUUACCUUGUAAUCACUCUUGAUGCUGGGAUCAGAGUCCCGUUAUGUGGCAACAAAAUACACAAGCUGUAUUGCGCGACCUGGAACAUAGUGAAACUCUCAUGCGAUUCCUCUGUGGUUAACAGUAUCGCUGCGACGCUCGGGGCCAUUGUUAUCGCCUUCGUUCCCUUCAGCUUCAUUUUUUACACCUACCUUCGAAUUGUGCUCGCUUGUUGGAAAAACUCAUCAGAGGUGAGAGGAAAAGUGUUGCAGAGCUGUGUUCCUCAUGUAAUUUCAUUUGCCAUUUAUUCCUUGACCUCAUUUAGUGAUACAGCUCUAAGCAGACAGAACCUUAAAGAGGUGAAUCCAUAUGUGGCCAUCAUUCUGUCGCUGGAGUUUAUUGUCCUUCCUCCGGUUUUGAACCCGCUUGUGUAUGGCCUCAAACUCCCAGAGAUCAGAAGAAACAUUUUGAGGUUGUUAAAGCUUAAAAGGAAAUCAUGUCGAAUAUUUCAGGAGCCCAAACAUGUCCACUGA